GCUGAGGACUUCUGCAUCUUUCUCUGAUGAUCUUUGUUGGAGCUAAGUUAGCGCUGGAGCUGCUGUCUGUGCGUCCGACAGCUGUGGAUGUGAUGUUUCGCUUUCUUUGAGACUCAUCUGUUUGUCUGCUGUUAUCUGCCAGCGUUGAAUCUGAGUGCACGAUCAUGGGCACCGUGUGGAGGACAUCUGCUUUGUGGUUUUGGUCUGUAGUGUCCACGUAGCUCCAGUUCACCGGUUUCCGCUCUUUCACGCCGCUCUUUAGGCGGCCACAGCCCGUAGCGAUGGCUGCGGAGGUGGGGGACGAUUGGUCGCUGUUGCUGUGGACAUCUCUGGCCGUGGCGGUGCCUGUCAUUAUUACGUUAUGGUGUAGCGUGCAGCGCUCAAAGCGGAAGACGCACAUGAAGGAAUUCUUCCGUAAAAGCAAACACGGCUGGCACUACACGGAUCUUUUCAACAAGCCCACCUAUUGCUGCGUGUGCUCCCAGCACAUCCUCCAGGGUGCCUUUUGCGAUUGCUGCGGGGUGUGCGCGGACGACGAGUGCCUGCGCCCCGCGGACCGCAGCCUGCCCUGUAAGGACAUCAUGGCACCCUCACGCGCCGACGGGGGCAUCGAGCACCGCUGGGUCCGGGGCAACGUACCGCUCGCCAGUUACUGCGCUGUGUGUAAACAACAGUGUGGGACCCAGCCCAAACUGUGCGACUUCAGGUGUGUGUGGUGCCAGAGGACAGUUCAUGACGACUGUCUGGGUGAUGUACCAGAUCAGUGUGACUUCGGAGAGUUUCACAGCCUCAUCAUCCCCCCUCACUACCUCUAUCAUGUCAACAAACUCAGGCGCAGGCAUCCGGAUGAGUACAGCAAGCUGGCUGAGUCCUGUGGGAGCAGCUGGAGCCCUGUAUUGGUUUUGGCAAACACACGCAGUGGUAAUAACAUGGGAGAGGUGCUGCUUGGGGAGUUUCGGAGCCUCCUCAAUCCAGUGCAGGUUUUUGACUUGUCUCAGCUGAACCCCUCCAAAGCACUGCAGCUCUGCACUCUGCUCCCCCCAGGCAGUGUACGAGUUCUGGUGUGUGGAGGAGACGGCACUGUGGGCUGGGUACUGGAUGCCAUAGACACAAUGAAACUAAAGGGCCAGGACCAAUUUAUCCCUCAAGUGACUAUCCUGCCCCUAGGGACUGGUAAUGACCUGUCCAACACUUUGGGCUGGGGUGCGGGCUACGCUGGAGAGAUUCCUGUGGAGCAGGUGCUGCGUAAUGUAGUGGACGCUGAAGUGGUCAAAAUGGACAGAUGGAAAGUGCAGGUAGCAUCAAAAGGUGCAUAUUUUCGCAAGCCAAAGGUUCUGUCCAUGAAUAAUUAUUUCUCUGUUGGACCGGAUGCACUGAUGGCCCUUAAUUUCCACACUCAUCGAGAGAAAACUCCUUCUUUUUUCUCCAGUCGCAUCAUCAAUAAGGCUGUGUAUUUCCUGUAUGGCACCAAAGAUUGCUUAGUCCAAGAAUGCAAGGAUCUGGAUAAGAGGAUUGAGCUUGAGUUGGAUGGAGAAAGAAUUACCCUGCCCAGUCUAGAGGGUAUUAUUGUGUGUAACAUCGGGUACUGGGGCGGAGGUUGCCGGCUGUGGGAAGGGAUGGGAGAUGAGCCUUAUCCACCAACCAGACUGGACGAUGGUCUGCUGGAGGUGGUGGGGGUGUAUGGGUCUUUCCACUGCGCUCAGAUCCAAGUGAAACUGGCCAACCCUGUGAGACUGGGACAAGCCCACACUGUUCGGCUGGUCCUGAAGAGCUCCAAGAUGCCCAUGCAGGUGGAUGGGGAGCCGUGGGCCCAGGGUCCCUGCACCAUCACCAUCACUCACAAGACACAAGCACUGAUGUUGUACCACAGCUCGGAACACACAGAUGACGACGACAGCAGUGACUCAGAGACCGAGAGUAACACGCCGCAUGACUCCCCCAGGCCACCGGGGUUCGCCUCCUCUUGAGCAUGAUCCCAAAACCACCUGUAAUCUGUGUUCACCCAUCUUUUCUGGUCACCUACUGCUUUUGAUUAAAUUUAAAGGUGCACUGUGUCACUUUUUCUGGUGAACUGUAUGUGACCUGCUUUUCUUCAUGGGCAUAUUAUUACUUUGCCUGAAAUAUUUGUGGUUGCAUUUUUAUGGCUCACCUGGGUCACCUCUCCACAGAUCUGACCUUGAAGAUUUGCCUGGUAGCAUCACCUGCUUGUCUCCAUAGAGAUAGAUAUGUUUAAUAUCUUAUUGUGGAACACGCCAGGUUCAGUAAUGGCUCCAUAGAGACAAGCAGAUGAUGGACCCACUUCCAAGAAAAAUUGCACAGUGUGCCUUUAUUAAAAUUUUAUUCACCCAGGUAAGUUACAGCAACAAAAGGGGGAUUGUGGACCCCAGUCUUUCCUUCUUGGUCUUCAUAAAGUUUUCAAACAAUGUUGCCUUUGUGCGCAGUGGAGUGGCCAUAACGUUACAGAAUCACUUUGUGUUUUGGCUAGCCACAAUCCAACUGCAUUUGAGUGUUUGCAUAGGAAAUCUACGAGUGGCUUCAAAUUGUAUUUAAAGUAGCAGUUACCGCUAUAGAGAAUGUUCUCAACUUAUUGCUUAACGACCCAAAAAUAUAAUGACAAUGGAAAUUAUUUUAUGUUUAUGUUGGCAAAUUGGCAAAAAACACAAAUCAAAAUGCAUUAUUUUACUUCACUGUUGAAAGAACCUUUGUUAAAAUAUAUAUCCUAGUUUACAUUAGCUCAUUUGUAUCUUGCUUUGUUUGCUCUGACCUCUUGUGCCAUAGUCUUUAUAUAGAGAUCUAUAUAAUCUAUAAAUGAUACAUUUUUACUUGUGAAUAUUUGUACACCAAAGCCAUGGCCACGAGGAAAGAUUUUAUUAUUUCCUUACUGAGCACAAACAAAGCAAAACAUUUGUGAGGUUUCAUAUAAAUGCUGUUACUACUUGAUAUGACCUCGUUCUAAAUGAAAUAUUGAACCUCAGCACUGUAGUUUACCCGACCACUUCAUGUUUAUGUUUUAGCUACAUGUUGUGAGCCUGACUUUUUAUGUUGCGUACUACUGCCAAAAACUGCUGUUUUACACCCAGCUUUUGCAGAUGAGACACCUUUCCCUAUUAUUUGCCUUGCUAUCAAGUUGUGUGUUUGCAUUUAUACUAUUAGUUAUACUCAUUUAGAUUUUUAUUUUAUUAACAAUAUUAUAUGUUCAUUUAUUGUUCAAAAGCAGUUCCAAAUCUCUACCACAAGAUGGUAGUAUACAAGCAGUGUUUGUCUACUGGUAAAAUGGCUCUAGUUUGAUCUUCUUUCUAGAGUGUUGCAAUGUAACUUUCUAUAUGAGAAAGUGUAUGCUGAUUAUAGCCAUAUCUGAAUAGACCUUUGAAUGUUAGUUGACUUGGAAAGUUUAAAUGUUUUACUUAAUGCUUUAGCAUUUACAUCUUAAAAUUGCAGACAGCAAUCCCAUAUGUGUUUGUGAAUGCAUUUAUUCUUUGUAAAUACUGUCUUGCACUGAAAUCAGUCUGAAGUUGCUGAUAUUAUAUAAUUUUUCAUUUUGUGGCUUGGUUACCUGCAAAGCACUGACUAUAUGUUUGCAUUUUAUAUGUACUGUUUUAUUUGUUCUAUUGAGUUUGCUGAUAAAACAAGUGAGAAUGCUUAUUUAGAUUAGGCUUGAUUUGACAUUACAUAUACUAUACCACAACAUGCAACCUUCAGGUGGCACUUUGUUUUAAGUAUUGUAGCGUAUAUUUUGGAUAUUGCUAAAUGCCAUAUGGGGAUCUGGAUACACAUUGCAGUUAAAUUUAGUUUGCAUAAUAGACUAUUCAAGAAUGUUCCUAGUCCUUACAUGUAUAACUAACGUUGUUUUCCUGACAAAAGUAGCUAAUCUCCUCUUCAUGAAAAUGAUAACCCCUGAAAUUAUUUUGUUAUUAUAUAGGUAUACAGGGUCCCUAUGAAUCUGUCACAUUCCACACAGAUUGACCAUAGACUAUAAUGAAAACAACUUUAUCCCUUCCUUUGGUAUUUACAGACAUAACCAUAUGUAGACAGUUUCUUUAUCCCUCUCACAGAAAGUGUUGUAGUUCAUCUGACAAUAGUUUAGGGACUACAUUUCUGUCCUAUUUACUUUUGGUGUAGUAGGUGUUCAGCAGUGUUUUUGUAUAUUUUAGAUUUCACAGAUGUGUGAUGCUGUGUCCAAAUGCUGGGUUUGAUCAAGCUGCUGCUUCAGUUCUCUGUGUUUUUAUGAAUAAGAAAAAAUAAUGAUUCAAACAGUGUAUUUGACAUAAUUGUUUUAAAUUAUCUAUAUUGUGAGUUUUGCCAAAAUUAUUUAAGAGUGAGAUUUAAUUGCUUACAAUCAUAUUGAGUGUGUUUACAAGAAGAGUGCACUGAAGUGUGUAAAACAAGUGGAUUGAGCUGAAUGUAAUGAAAUGAUCUUUGAAUCUGACAUUCCCAUAAAUAUUUUCCUAAAUAAA